UAAAUAACCCUGAUAUAAAAAUAAAUAAAAUAAUAAACAAAACACGAAUAUAAUCUACGCUAUGAAUUGUGGAUGGGGUCAAAGAUGGCGCCGCCCGCGUUGCUGGGGUAACGACACGAAGAGCGGUUCGGAGAGUCGAUCCCGGUUCUUUUUUUUGCUUGCUAUGUUUCACUUGUGUUUAAGAAACGGUUAUAUGAUCAGGGGAUGUUUCCCCAUCCACUCUGUGCGCAUCUGGACCCGAACCGGGGGGAGAUUUUCCGUUGGCAGCGGAAGGUUCUCUCUGAGCAGGAGCCAGCAGUUCUGGAGAUACCCUCCAAGUGGAAAAAGUUUAGAGACCAGCUUGUUUUUUCAGGUGUUGAACCUGAUGCAAAAUGGUGUCAGGCUGCAGGCAGGCAGCUACAUGCGGGGCUCACUGAGGAUUCGGAGUGCCUUCCUGCUGGUGGGCACACCUGGCCUAAUAACUCUUGGACUAAGACUGAAUGGGACUGUAGCUUACUGUGAAGAAGAUAAUGGCUGUCAUGUUAAAGACCCUGUGCCACCAGGUCCUGAGUUCAACUGGAGAGAAUUUUGGAGGUUCCUUCGUCCAGAGCUUUCCUCUCUGAUUUGGGCUGUUAUUUUUGCCUGUGGUGCGGCAUACCUGAAUUCUCAGAUCCCGCUUUUGUUAGGGGAUUUGAUGAACGCUAUUGUCCAAUGCCUGCGGACGAAUCCUGCCUGCUACUUCAGGAGCAUGAAAGUGCCAAGCACAAAGUUGCUAGGGGUCUACGUUAUACAGGGAAUCCUGAGCUGCUUUUAUAUCACUCUCUUGUCCAGAGUUGGCGAACGAGUUGCUGCUGCGAUGAGGAAGGAGUUAUUUGCAACACUGAUCAGGCAGGAUGUGGCCUUUUAUGAUGCUACUCGGACAGGACAUCUUGUGAGUCGUCUAACCAGUGAUAUCCAGGAGUUUAAAUCCUCCUUCAAAUUGGUGGUUUCUCAGGGUCUGAAGAGUAUUGCACAAACAAUUGGCUGCCUGGUAUCUCUGUACUUCGUUUCACCAACGCUGACUGAACUCAUGUGUGUAGUGAUGCCAGUCCUGGUCGGAACUGGCGCAUACAUGGGCUCCUACCUUCGGAAACUCUCCCGUAAAGCUCAGGAGCAGGUUUCCAAAGCAACAUGUGUGGCAGAUGAGGCACUAGGAAACGUACGGACAGUGAAGGCAUUUGCGAUGGAAGAGCUGGAAAAUGAGCUUUACUCAAAAGAAGUGGAUAAAUCCAGGGAUAUCAACCAGUAUCUAGGAUUUGGAAUCGGCAUCUUCCAGGGAUUAUCUAACUUUGCGCUGAAUUGUGUGGUUCUGGGGACGAUCUGUGUCAGUGGAUCAUUGAUGGCAAAGGAACAGCUACACGCUGGAGACAUGAUGUCAUUUCUGGUGGCCACUCAGACUGUGCAGAGGUCCUUGGGACAAAUUUCCCUUGCUUUUGGACAGAUCAUCCGUGGAAUGGCCUCUGGAAGCCGAGUGUUUGAGUUUCUGAUGUUGGAACCAACUAUCCCGAUAAAAGGUGGACACCAGAUCCCAUCGGAUGCUCUGGUUGGACACAUCCAGUUCCAUGAUGUUACAUUCAGAUAUCCCACUAGACCUGGCCACUUGGUGCUGAACAGGCUGAACCUGACCCUACCUGCGUCUAAGGUGGUGGCCAUCGUUGGACAGUCGGGAAUAGGAAAGUCAACGGUAACAUCUCUGCUGGAGCGAUUCUAUGAACCAUCCAGUGGAGUGAUCACCUUGGAUGGACAUGACCUCAGGACCCUGGAUCCACACUGGCUGCGUCGUCACGUUAUUGGAUACAUUAGCCAGGAGCCGGUACUGUUCAGUAGCAGCAUCAUGGAGAACAUCCGAUUUGGUAACCCAAAUGCCACAGAUGAGGAAGUGUACUUUGCAGCUCAGCAAGCAAAUGCAGAUGGGUUUAUCCGAAGUUUCCCUGAUGGAUACAUGACUGUUGUAGGUGAGCGGGGAGUGACUCUCUCUGGGGGUCAGAAGCAGAGGAUUGCUAUCGCUCGCGCCCUGAUUAAAAAUCCCAGCAUCCUGAUCCUUGACGAAGCCACAAGUGCGCUUGAUGCAGAAUCGGAGCGGGUAGUGCAGGAGGCACUAGACAACAUCCAGAAAGGCCGGACAGUACUAGUCAUUGCACAUAGGCUGAGUACAAUCAAAGGGGCCGAUGUAAUCUGUGUGUUGGCGAAUGGACAUGUUAAGGAGGUGGGGACACACGCAGAGCUGCUGCAGAAAGGAGGGCUUUACGCAGAAUUGGUGCGCAGACAAGCCAACGACGAACCUGUUAUGUGAGGAGCAGGAAAACUCAAGGAAUGGAUUCCUGGCAGUCAUUCACACUGAACUGUCCAUUUAAACUUAAUGGGGAAGGAAGCUCUAGGUCCAAUCACAUUGCCUCACUCACUGGUAUUUCUGACAAUAUGGACUCUGAGGUUCCAAUAGGGAGCAAGGAGGGAUUCUCUCAUACUGUCCUCCACAGAUGUAAAAAUCCAUCACACCACACUCCAUCCCAGGCUUUGCCUGUACCUGGAGUACAGGUGAGGAUCUGUCACUAUAACUCAGGUAUAAUACUGAUCAGUAUAGGUCUCUCAGUGUCUAACACAGGCAUACUACACUGUUGGAAGCAGAUAUGUCACUGAUUGUGUAAGUCUUGGGGAUAAAUGGCCCUUUAUGCAGUUAGAAACUUUUAACAUCAUGUAUAUGUAUACUGAUUAUAAGGCAUAUUUUGUUUCACUUUAUUUAUAAAUUAUACUUUCCCCA